AUGCUAACAAGAACUGCAGUUAGUGGUCCACAGGUAUUUAGUUACCAGAAACUCUCCAAGGCUACUAAAGGCUUCAGCAAAGAUAACUUAUUGGGAACUGGAGGCUUUGCAAGUGUUUACAAGGGGGUGUUUUAUGAUUCUGCUACAACUGUAGCUGUUAAACAAAUCAACGCGACAUCUAAGCAAGGUGAGAAGGAAUACAUGGCUGAAAUAUGUACAAUUGGGCGCCUAAGGCACAAAAACUUGUUGCAGCUACUAGGCUGGUGCCAUGACGGAGAGAAACUCCUGUUAGUGUAUGAGUACAUGCCAAAUGGAAGCCUUGAUAAAUACAUCGGCAAGAUUUUUCUUGAUUGGGACACCAGAUUCAAGAUUCUAUCAGGUCUAGCAUCAUCACUUGUGUAUCUUCAUGAAGAAUGUGGUAAUCCUAUUGUACAUCGAGACAUUAAGCCGAACAAUGUGAUGCUAGACACCAAGUAUAAUGCUCACUUGGGUGAUUUUGGGCUAGCAAGAUUACUCCAUAAUGAGAACUUUGUUACAACAAUGGUGGCUGGCACUCCAGGAUACCUAGCACCGGAAGUUAGCUACACAGGGAGAGCUAUCCCGGAGUCUGAUGUCUAUAGUUUUGGAAUGGUUGUAUUAGAAGUGGUAUGUGGACGAAGAUCAAAAGGGAUUAUGGAUGAAAAUAGCUUAGUCGAUAAAGUAUGGAGUUCAUAUGAGAAUGGUACAUUAUUGGAAUGUAUGGAUCAAACACUUGAUGGGAAAUUUGACAAUGUACAAGCUCAAAGGUGUUUUAUCACUGGAUUAGCAUGUUUACACCCUGAUAGAACUCUUCGGCCUAAAAUGAGAAAAGUAGUGCAAGUGUUUAUGAAUCCUGACGAGCCAUUAAUGAAAUUGCCCGAGUCUCGUCCUAGUAUUGUUUGUGUUUCAUGGCAUUCUCCUACUUGUUCAACAAUAACUACUAGUCUAGAUAGCAUGAAGCACAUUCCGGAUGAAGUGACAGUCUCUUAUGAGGAUGCUUCUCAGACAAAGAAACUACAUAUAUGGUUUUAA